AUGGGUUUCGUUUCACAAGAUUCAGGAAUUGCAGCCUCAAUUUUCCUUGGACUUUAUGUCAUUUAUAUCUUAUUCGCCAUAAGAGUUGUUUAUCAACGUGGGUUGAAAACCACCUAUACUUCGCUUUUGGUAUAUGGAAUUUUAAGAACAGCUGGUCAAUUAUGUGGUGUUGCCUUUUCAGCAUUAGGUUAUGAACAUUAUCAAUGGUUAAUUGCGUAUUUGGUAUUCAGUGCCGAAGGGUAUUUAGUGUUAAUCUUGAGUGGUUUCCAUUUCAUCGCCAAUGCACAAGUUGCAUCAUUUGGAAGAUCUUGGAUUAGACCUGAAAAGGAAGAAAAAGAAAGAAAUAUGGCUGGUGCUAGUAAUCCUUUUGAUUAUUUACGUUCCAGAUAUACAAUUGAUAAAAUUUUCCAUCUUUCUUUGAUUGCUGCCACCGCAUUUGUCAUUUCUGGUGGUACUAUGCUUGCUGGUGAUGAUCCAACUGAAUUGACUACAAGUAAUAUUACAACUUCAAAGGGUUUACGUACUGCUGGACAAAUUAUCUUUUUAGUAAUGACCAUUUUUGUCAUUUAUUUAGCCAAUUACGCCUACUUUGUUGAAGGGGUAAGACAUUGUAAUAUCUAUACUGUGUUGAUGGUAUCUCCAUUCAUUUUAAUUCGUGGUAUUUUUGGUGUUUUGUCCAUUUAUAUCCAAAAGAUGAACUACUUUGAUAUGUCAAAUUAUACUAGCUCCGGUUUAAGUUCACAAUUUGUCACUUAUGAAUAUGUUUUAGCAACAACCAUGGAAUUCACAGCUGCUUGUAUUUACAUCAGUACUCACUAUAUCGAAACCAGAUCUCAACAAAAGAUUGCUCAUAUCGAAGAACAGAACGAUGUUGAAACCGAAUCUUCUGAAAAAUGA